AAAUAUCUGUUAUUGGAUCCUGAUUUUACCAAAACUACAAUUUAAAGAUGGCGGCGCCCAUUGACAGCAUGAGUGUCAACAAAACAAAAUCCUCAGAACUUCUUUCCCUAGAGAACAGAGACAAUGUUCUAUCACAAGUGAGAGAUUUCUUACCUCAGAUGGAAAUGGCCAACAAAGCACUUCAGGAGAAGUCCUCAGAAGAAAUAGACAUCGAACAAGUGUCAGAGAACCAGGAUAGAUACAUAGAAAUGAAUAUUGCAAUGGUGGAACAAAAUGGAGAUAUCUCAGAGGACUCAGAUUCAGAGCAUUGUAGUGACUCAGACUGUGAUAUAGAUUCUGAUUCAGACGAGUGCUUAAUGGGCGCAGUGACUGAAAACAAUCUACGGAUUAAUAAAAAGAUUAAACACAAACCUGAUAUUGAGGAACUCCCAAACACAGCUUCAGACAAAAGUGGGACUAGUGAACAUCAGGAUGAACAUACGUCUUGUGUUGAUAAUGGAUAAAAAGUCCUGUAAGCCUGUAUGGGGUACAUUUUUUUCUCUGUGAGAAUAUGUUCGAGACAUGAAUGGAGAGAGUAGAAUGGUCUUCCUGUGGAUCCAAGACACUCAAAUUUUAUUAAAAAUGAUUAUAUUAAAUAAAAUAGAUUGAAUUGAUGUUUCCUUCUAAAAGUUUAACAAUGGAGACAAAUAUUAAAUGAUAUGCUGUCCAGCUAUGUACAAAAUAAACAUCUGCAACAGAUGUU